UCGUUACCUUUAAGAUGUUCGGGGAUAAAAAGUGGUUUCAGCCGAACUCGACACCAUCUUAGCGGCGGGGACAGUUUGCUGCGUCCGGCCCACACGCUCCGGGCGACCGGGGACUGUUUGCACCGAGGCACCGGUGAACCGCUCCGUUGCAGCCGAGUUGGGAGGAAAUAACGUCCGGAUGGUUCAGUAAAUGUCGGUUUCAUUAUCUGUCGGCCUACCGAGCGGCGGCGGCGGGGGCGAGAGGGACGCGCCGAGCGGGGAGGAGGAGACGGGUCGAGCCGGGGAGGAGGGAGCCACCAGCCCAUACUUUCCCUUUAAAGCGCACAGGGACAGAGGGGGUGAAGAAGGGAUAAAAAAAGAAAAGGACGAGGAGGGAGGGCGAGGGCCCGAAAAAAAGAGAAAGAUGUCAUCCUGUGGAUUCAAACACCGAGGCGGAGCCACGGACCGCGGCCGACCAGCAGCGCUGUAGUUCGGGGACGAGCUGUACGCGACGCCGAGGCCUGGACCGCGACAGCUGCGGCCUUUUCGGAGCUUUGGCAAAAUAAAGCAACGAGCUGCUGGUUUCCUCCAUUUUCUUGAUUUAAACAGUUAAUAACCUGCAUGUUACCAGUUAUUUGAAGCAUUAAAGCAUGAAACCUGCACAGAAGCGUCCAGUCAUUUAGACAAUAAGUCAUCAGUGAUAAUUAGCUGGAGCUAAGUAUCAUUAGAGACAGGCCGCGGCUCCUGCUCUCUUCCCCGUGGACGGAGCUUCUCCUCCCGCCCCCUGUGAGCCCCCUGCCCGGGGAGCCGCUCUCCUGCAGGAUGGACACGUCCUGGAGCAACUUCCUCUUUCAGACGCCAUCGACUCAGAGCCAACCUGAGACGCCUCUUCAGUCGGAGCUGCUGCCCGAGCUGACGGGCUCGGCUCAGAGUCCUCCAGCUGAACACAUCGUGACGCCGCCGUCCACCGUCGACACGGCCGCCCUGAGCGAGGAGCCGCUACCUGUCAAACCGCUCGUCAAGCCGAGCCGCCCGGCGCACAUCUGCGCCACCUGCAACAAGGAGUUCAAGAACAGCUACAACCUGCGGCGCCACCAGUCGGUGCACACGGGCAUCAGGAUGAAGGGCGGCGCCACCCGUGAGAAGGAGGAUGGGGGGAAGGGGGGAGGGAGGGUGGAGAAGCAGACGGUUCCGCUCUCCCUCCUUCAGCUCACCCUGCCCCUGCAGCCGCCUAUUCCCCCUCCCCCCACCGCUGCCACCGCCGCGGACACCAUCCCCCAGCCCGGUCUUCACGCCAACCAGGAGAGCCAGCCCAUCUCUGUGUCCAUCGCCCCAGCAACCGUAACCAUGGCAGCACCGCCUCAACCCAUCCAGGCAGCUGUUGUUGUGGUCGGGUCCAUGGAGCAGAAUCCUAAUCCCAACCCCAGCACCAACCAGGUGAGGAAGAACCACGCGUGCGAGGCCUGCGGAAAGGCCUUCAGAGACGUGUACCACCUGAACCGUCACCGCCUGUCGCACUCUGACGAGAAGCCCUACUCCUGCCCCAUCUGCCAGCAGCGCUUCAAGAGGAAAGACCGCAUGAGUUAUCACGUGCGCUCGCAUCAAGGCGGCGUGGAGAAACCAUACAUCUGUCCACACUGCGCCAAGGCCUUCUCCAGACCGGACCACCUCAACAGUCACGUUCGACAGGUUCACUCCACAGAGAGACCGUUCAAGUGCACGACGUGCACAUCAGCGUUUGCCACACGGGAUCGUCUCCGGGCUCAUCUGAUCCGUCACGAGGAGAAGGUGCCGUGUCACAUCUGUGGGAAGCUGCUGUCGGCCGCCUACAUCACCGACCACAUGAGGGUCCACAACCAGUCACAGCAUCACGCCUGUCACCUGUGCAACCGCAGCUUCACCACCCUCACCUACCUGCGUGUCCACGCUCAGAAGCACCACGGUCAGGAGUGGAAGGACAGUGGCGGGGCGCGGGGGGGUUUCGGUGGGACGGGGCCGGGGGUGCUGCUCUGCCAGCUGUGCGGCGUGCAGUGCAAGACGACCACGCAACUCCAGGGUCACAUGGGCACUCACGCCAACCAGGGCGACCCCGGCACUGACCCGACAAGCUCGGGCCCCGUGGGCACCACCAGUGUGGCGGUCACUGUGACCAGUGCUGCGAACACAGUGGGACUGCUGGUAACUGACUGCUCCAGUCUCGCCCCUCAGCCCCACAGCUAGCACGCUGCGAGGGCUGGGGGGUGGGGGGGCUGGGGGCGGGAUGGAGGCAGGGAAAUGAGGACACCCAGAGGAGAGGAAUGGAACUACAGCAGCCAAACCAGAUUUUCCGUCCGCUGACCGACCCGGGACGACUCCCGUCCUGUUCGCUCGUCCUGCCUCCGACACGCGUCCCUGAACUGUAAACUUCAGAUCCUGAACCCGACCAGAGCAGAGGGUGGAUCAAAGAGGACAAAACGAGGAGAAAUGUGUAUUUUUAUUCACUUUGCUUCGCAGUUUACUAUUUCUAUUCGUCAUCAUGUCGUCGUUUUGGUUUUUACCCGACCUGCAGAGCCCGUCAUGCUUUUGUAAAGUUGUUUGUUGUUUUUACAUCUUUUAUAUUCCAUGAAAUCAGUGUUUGGUUAUGAUGAGGAAACCGACCCCAGGACCUCGACCACAUGACUUCUCUAAUUUAUUACUCAUCACGUCUCGGGUUGACCUCGGUCACAUCCGCCAGAGCAGCGAGUUUCAGGAGCGACGUCGUGUACAAACCCUUUUCUAGAGCUGAUGAAGGCAAACUCCUCAACGUUUGUGAAUAAUCCUCCUGAACACUGAAUGUGUGGAACCUCUCUGCUUCCGAUGAUCUCUGUUCGUACUCUGGAUGAUUUGUAAAUGAACAUGUACUUUGUAGCUACCUUGGUGACACGUUUUUCGUGGCUGUGCAUAUUGAUUGUAUUUGAUGCAUAGCGCCUCGUUACUCCUGUAUUCAAAGGCAGUAAAAUGCAUGUGUGGAUUUACAAUGAAAUGAUCUUCAUGGGUGUGUGAGUGGUUGUGCACUUUAUCCAUGUCAGUGGAAAGUAACCAGAGACUGAAGCAGAACUUUCAAUUUGACUCUGUUACAUUUACAGUAACUGAGUAACAGCUUCGGAAUCUAGUUACUUUCAGAUUCAAAGAUUUACAUAGAAAAGCUGAGAUUUCUCUCCGUCCGCUAUCGCUCUUCUUUAUGUUUCUUCCACAUUCUCAUGAUUUCUGUGUGGGGGGGAAUCUGCUCUGAUUUGGGGGGGGUGUUUGUUCUUUGUGUAUAAAUUAAAACUGAGCAGCCGCUACACAAGUAAUUAUGUCAAAGUAAUGACAAGAUACCAGGUCAUUGUGUCAGCACCUGCAGAUGAAAUGAUUGGCUCAAUAGUUGAGGACAUAACUGACAGAAACAUUAAGUGGCCACUGUUUUGAUGAUUGAUUAAUCCUGAUAAAUUCACUGGUUCCUGCUUUGAGUCAGAAGCAGAUCCCAACUGGUCCAGUGGCUCAGGGCCGGCUCAGGGCCGGCGUCCUGGUCAGUUCAGAACUGUGGUUACACUUUAUACUGAGGUUCACAUAUUAACUUUAGUUAAACAUUGAAUGUUAACACAAGGAAUUUGAAAAAUAUAAACAGAAAUAAUAUAUAUAGUGUUACCUGAAUGCCAGUCACCAUUAGUUUCUUAUUAACAUGAAUAUUAAUCAUUAUAAAACAUGAAUGUUGUAUUCUGUCAUUAAGAGUUUUCUCAGUUAAUGUACAUGAAUUAUUUUAAUAACAUCUACAAAUGUUUUUCUCUCCUUUGACUUUUUAUACUUAAUUAUUUGAUUAAAGAAAAUGAUUUAAUUGAAA